AUGGCAUAUAACGCAUUCCAGAGCACUGUACUUUUGGAUGGCGAUGAGGAUGACUCGAAUUUUGUCAACCAAGCUUAUAGGCCAUGUAAAAUACUCUAUCUAAUGACCAGUACUGGUGUGCAUUCGCUACGAAACGUCGGUCCAAAUUAUCGCAUACUACUUGUCAAAUCAAGAUUCGUUGCUUCACUAUUGAAGAGAGGAGUCAUCCCUCAUGAUGGUCAUGACUGUGCAUUAUCUUAUGGAGGUAGAGAAUUAGCAGAUGAUGAGACGUUGGAAAGCUGUCGCGUUGGUGAUGAAGCAACUGUUAAUGCUGUUGUGUGGGAACAGAAUCCUAAUUUGCCUGGCUUCUCGGGCCAUGCAAUACACUCAAGCUUGAAGAUCAGACAUGAAUAUGAGCAGAAGACUAAGCAAUCCAAACACAGUAGAGUUUCAUUAGACUUAGCAGAGGAAGGUGAAUAUGAGGAUCGAGUACUUUGGCGUGCUCCAGCUUCGAAAAAGCAAAAGUCGCUUAGGUUUUCUGAUCAAGAUGAUGCUAUUUCUCAUCCGCCAACAUCUUCGCGUUCGUCGUCGCCUUCACAAAAUCCAAGUCCAGAACAUCAUAUCAUGUCAGGUGCAUUAGGACCAACAGACAGCCCUCUGGAAUUUCAUGAUAGUUUGGUCCGAGAUAUUUCACCAAGAGGUCUUCAACGAAGACAACCUCUUGGAGAAUUGUCAGGAUCCAUAAUGCCACAAACACCUUUGCGAUCUCCGACUUUUUACAGUAAUUCCGCACGAGAACCAGAAACACCCAUUCGUGCUUCUUAUGAUGCUUUUAGAAAUCCUAUUACGCCCCGAGAUGCUUCUAGAAGAGAUCUUCAUAGAAAUUAUAAUCUGUUAAGACAUUCGGACAGAAUUCCACACCGCAGAAUGGAAUACGGUUCCUCUUCAACUGUAGUACGUUUUUAUCCGAAACUUCAAAAUGGACAAUCACUGACGUCCCAUUCUUUUCCUGCAGUACGAAACAACGUGUAUGUUCGACCUCCGGGAUCUGGACCAACAUCUGGAUCCUUACCUCCAUCGUCGCUUCAUGGAGCGGUAAAUCCCGUUCACGUAAUAACAACUCUGACUCCCGACCCAUAUCAACCAUUAUUUCCUCCUACUUCUCCGGAGAUACCUUCAUUCAAACCAAAAUCACCUACUCGACAAAACCCUUCAUUCAAAGAUCGUCUAGCAUCAUAUGUGCCAUUACCUUCGGGUUCACCAUCGAUAUCAAACACAUUUAUUCACAGAUACCUUUUGUCUCAACCUUCAGAUUCGAGUUCCAGGUCAAUACCCAAAUCAUCCCCUACAUCAACUUCACCGCAUCAGUCAUCAAAUCCUUACUUUUUAAGGUCCACACCAUUGUCUAUUCUUCAAUCAUUGAAUUCGUACUUCUCAACACCUUCAUCAUCACUCCAGCCAUUUCAAUCACCAUCUGUUCUCCAAGCAUUGAAUCCAUAUUUUUCAAACACAUCUCCACCUCCUCCGAAAUAUUCUCUUUCGCAGACACUAUUCCACAGCCCGUCAGUUUCCCCACAGCCUACCAACCAAGAUUCGAUGGACUACGAUUACUUCCAAGCUGCACGGUCUAAAAGAUCAUCCUCACCACCAAGGCUCCAUCCAUUAAAGUCCCCUCUUCCGCCGCCGCCACCACCUCCACCUCAGAACAACAUUGAAUCCCCAUCAGCAACAAUCUUUCCAUAUGGUGGUCAACCUUCUUCAAAUAUUCCAUGGGAUAAGCCAAAAUUCACAUCACCAUCUCCCAAAGCAGAUUAUCUGCAGUUUAUUCCUUCUCCCAAGUCGGCUCUCAAAAGUAAGCUUCAACCAAAAGCACCCGAGAGGGAGCCCCCACCCACCCCGCCAACUCAUCCUGCUCCCUCACCUCAUUACCAUAUCCCUUUGCCUUCCCGCCCUCCUUCACCUAACAGAGAAGAAAAGCAAAAACAACCUCAACCUUCCCGCAUUCCGUCCUCUUACGUAUACUACCCUCAGCCAUCAAAAUCAUUUUCCGAUCCUCUAGCUGCAUCUUCUCUUCCAACACCAGAUCCUACACCCCCUCUCCCCUUCACAGGGCCUUCCAAAAGAACAUCAUCAAAUCAUCACGCAACAACUACUUCAAAACAAUCAUACUACUCUUCUCACUCUCCUCCCCCAACAGGAUCUUCCCUCCAAGGCACAAUUGCAGUUCCUUCGGUUGCACACGAGAUGCUACCAAAAGAUUUCUUAGCCUAUCGAACAGUGAGACAGCUUAUAGAGCUUCAAGGUUGGGAAAUGAACCAGGGAGAAUGGCGAUCUAUACGGGAGGUGUUGAAAAGAUGCAAAAGGGGGGAGAAUGGUGCAAGGGGUAAUAUCGAGGUACUUGCUAAGGGAGUUGUUGAGUUGGAAAACAGCGUUGAGAUGAGUUGA